AUGUCUGAGUGCGCACAAUUACGAAUUGGUAGAGAAUUCUUAGCCAGCAUUUCAUGGCCGUCUUCUUUUCGUCGGAAAGAUCAUGAUCGAUGUUACUGUCAUCGAUGUUAUCCAGCUGAUCUUGCAGAUACCCUCACUGUAGCUGGUUAUACAUAUGUCAUUCCACGCGGAUGGACUCGUUUUGCUGUUGCAGUUGAUGAAAGUUUCUUCAAUCAUCAUAAUGUAUGGGAUACCUGGCUGAAUUGUUAUCAUGGAACAAGUAUUGAUAGUGCAAAAUCUUGUGUCGAACAUCGACAGAUGCUUUUACCUGAUGAUAUGACUAUGCAUGGAAAGAAAAUAGGGAUACGAGAAAAUCACAUCCCCGAAGAACGAUUUGUUUUUACAACACCUUCCAUUAGUUAUGCUGCGCUAGACUACUACGCUUAUACACAUAGCUUUAGGUCACCUUAUGACUUAAAAUUAUAUAGUAUAAAAGUAGUAUUGCAAUGUAAACAGAAGGCUGAUUCAAUUAUUGUACAACCAGAAACAGUUGGUGCAAGAGCACAAGGAAGACGAUUAUGUCCUCAUAUACCAAACGAAGAAUUAGAAUGGAAAACAAAACAUCGUUCGAGCGUUAUGAUCUAUGGACUACUACUUGAAAUAAAGCAAAAUCAUGCGAGUGAUGACUCGAAUUCACCUCAAUACCAAAAACUAAACAUCAGCGUACCACCUGCAUCAAACGUCGUUGCACCGGAACCAUCAACAUCGGAAGAAAUUACUAAUACUAUUCCCAAAUCAGAACCCUUACCCUUACCCAGCUCUUAUCGGGAACCAAUGUCGAAAACGAGAAUAGCAUUACUGGUUGUGCUAAUCAUAUCCACUUUUCUGCCAAUGGCCGCUCUAAUCAUUGGUCAAAUCUACAAGUCUGAAUGCCCAAUCCAACCAUGGAUUCCACGGUGGAUGACGGUUUUUGGAUCUGUGGGACUGAGCGCUUCUUGUUUAAUGUUUGUCAUAUUGUUUAUAAAUUUUAAAUGGCAUCCGGAAGAAGAAAUCGGAAAAUAUGUGAGUGGUUGUAUCUUGUGUUUAUUAUUGUUCUUUUUCCUGGCAUGGUUAAUAGCGGGAAGUGUAUGGAUAUUUUCUGUCAAGCCAAAAGUACAAUUUGUUCAGACAAACGUAACGACUUACUGUCAAGAAACUCUGUACAAGUUCGCAUUUGGACUAACGCUUGCACAGUAUUCAUUGAUUGGCAUUCUAAUAUGCUGUGGUGGUAUUGUUGCCUUAUUUGGUUGCUUAUGUUAA